AUGGACAAAGAAGAAAGGAAGACUAUCAACCAGGGUCAAGAAGAUGAAAUGGAAAUUUAUGGCUAUAAUUUGUGUCGCUGGAAGCUCGCUAUAGUUUCUCUAGGAGUGGUUUGCACUGGUGGCUUUCUCCUCCUCCUCCUCUAUUGGAUGCCUGAGUGGCGGGUGAAGGCAACCUGUAUUAGAGCUGCAAUUAAAGACUGUGAAGUGGUGCUGCUGAGGACUACUGAUGAAUUCAGAAUGUGGUUUUGUGCAAAAAUUCGCUUGCUUUCUCUGAAAACUCAUCAAUUUUCGAGUCCAAAAUCUAUGGCUAAUAAGAUUUCAAAUGGCCAUUCUGUUCUUUUAACUGAAAAUCUGGCUGAAGAGAACAGGCAUGAGAUAAGUAAAUAUUCACAGACACAAUCAGAACAGAUUCGUUAUUUCACCCACCAUAGUGUAAAAUAUUUCUGGAAUGAUACCCUUCACAAUUUUGAUUUCUUAAAGGGACUGGAUGAAGGUGUUUCUUGUACGUCAAUUUAUGAAAAGCAUAGUGCAGGACUGACAAAGGGGAUGCAUGCCUACAGAAAAUUGCUUUAUGGAAUAAAUGAAAUUUCUGUGAAAGUGCCUUCUGUUUUUAAGCUUCUAAUUAAGGAGGUUCUCAACCCAUUUUACAUUUUCCAGCUGUUCAGUGUUAUACUGUGGUGCACUGAUGAAUACUAUUACUAUGCUCUAGCCAUUGUGAUUAUGUCUGUAGUAUCAAUUCUAAGUUCUCUAUAUUCCAUUAAAAAGCAAUAUAUCAUGUUGCAUGACAUGGUGGCAGCCCACAGUACUGUGAGAGUUUCAGUUUGCAGAGUAAAUGAAGAAAGAGAAGAGAUCUUUUCUACAGAACUUGUGCCGGGAGAUGUUAUGGUCAUUCCAUUAAAUGGGACUAUCAUGCCUUGUGAUGCAGUACUUAUUAAUGGUACUUGCAUUGUAAAUGAAAGCAUGUUAACAGGAGAAAGUGUUCCAGUGACAAAGACGAAUUUGCCAAAUCCAUCAGUGGACAUAAAAGGAACGGGAGAUGAAUUAUAUAGUCCAGAAAUACAUAAACGACAUACUUUGUUUUGUGGGACUACUGUUAUUCAAACUCGUUUCUACACUGGAGAACUUGUCAAGGCCAUAGUAGUUAGAACAGGAUUUAGUACUUCCAAAGGACAACUUGUUCGUUCCAUAUUAUAUCCCAAACCAACAGAUUUUAAACUCUACAGAGAUGCCUACUUGUUUCUUCUGUGUCUUGUGGCGGUGGCUGCCAUUGGGUUUAUCUACACUAUUAUCAAUAGCAUUUUAAAUGAGGUGGAGAUUGGGGUAAUAAUUAUUGAGUCUCUUGAUAUCAUUACAAUCACUGUGCCACCUGCACUUCCUGCUGCAAUGACUGCUGGCAUUGUGUAUGCUCAAAGAAGAUUGAAAAAAAUUGGUAUUUUCUGCAUCAGUCCCCAAAGGAUAAAUAUAUGUGGACAGCUGAAUCUUGUUUGCUUUGACAAGACUGGAACUCUUACUGAAGAUGGUUUAGAUCUUUGGGGGAUUCAACGAGUGGAAAAUACACGUUUUCUUUUGCCAGAAGAAAAUGUUUGCAAUGAGAUGUUGGUAAAGUCUCAGUUUGUUGCUUGUAUGGCUACUUGCCAUUCACUCACAAAAAUUGAAGGAGUGCUUUCUGGUGAUCCACUUGAUUUGAAAAUGUUUGAAGCCAUCGGAUGGAUUCUGGAAGAAGCAACUGAAGAGGAAACAGCACUUCAUAAUCGAAUUAUGCCAACUGUGGUUCGUCCUCCAAAACAACUACUUCCUGAAUCUACACCUGCAGGAGACCAGGAAAUGGAGCUGUUUGAACUUCCAGCUAUUUAUGAGAUAGGAAUUGUUCGCCAGUUUCCAUUUUCUUCUGCUUUGCAACGUAUGAGUGUGGUUGCAAGGGUGCUUGGGGAUAAAAAAAUGGAUGCCUACAUGAAAGGAGCACCUGAGGUCAUUGCCAGUCUUUGUAAACCUGAAACAAUUCCUCUUGAUUUUGAAAAUGUUUUAGAAGAUUACACUAAACAGGGCUUCCGUGUAAUUGCUCUUGCACACAGAAAAUUGGAGUCAAAACUGACAUGGCAUAAAGUACAGAACAUUAGCAGAGAUGCCAUUGAAAACAACAUGGAUUUUAUGGGAUUAAUUAUAAUGCAGAACAAAUUAAAGCGAGAAACCCCUGCAGUACUUGAAGAUUUGCAUAAAGCCAAUAUUCGCACUGUCAUGGUCACAGGUGACAACAUGUUGACUGCUGUCUCUGUGGCCAGAGACUGUGGAAUGAUACUACCUCAGGAUAAAGUUAUUAUUGCUGAAGCAUUACCUCCAAAGGAUGGAAAAGUUGCCAAAAUAAACUGGCAUUAUGCAGACAGUCUAACACAGUGCAGUAAUUCAUCAGCAAUUGACUCGGAGGCAAUUCCAAUUAAAUCAGUCCAUGAUAGCUUAGAGGAUCUUCAGGUGUCUCGCUAUCAUUUUGCAAUGAAUGGAAAAUCAUUUUCAGUGAUACUGGAGCAUUUUCAAGACCUUGUUCCAAAGUUGAUGUUGCAUGGCACUGUGUUUGCUCGUAUGGCACCUGAUCAGAAGACACAAUUAGUAGAAGCAUUGCAAAAUGUAGAUUACUUUGUUGGAAUGUGUGGUGAUGGUGCAAAUGAUUGUGGUGCUCUAAAGAGGGCACAUGGAGGCAUUUCUUUAUCAGAGCUUGAGGCUUCAGUGGCAUCUCCCUUUACCUCCAAAACUCCUAGUAUUUCCUGUGUGCCAAACCUCAUCAGGGAAGGCCGUGCUGCUUUAAUGACUUCCUUCUGUGUGUUUAAAUUUAUGGCUUUGUACAGCAUUAUACAAUACUUCAGUGUUACUCUACUGUACUCCGUCUUAAGUAACCUAGGAGACUUCCAGUUUCUCUUCAUUGAUCUGGCAAUCAUUUUGGUAGUGGUAUUUACAAUGAGUUUAAAUCCUGCCUGGAAGGAACUUGUGGCACAGAGACCACCUUCAGGUCUCAUAUCGGGGGCCCUUCUCUUCUCCGUUUUGUCUCAGAUCAUCAUCAGCAUUGGAUUUCAGUCUUUGGGCUUUUUUUGGGUCAAGCAGCAACUUUGGUAUGAAACAUGGCAUCCACAUUCAGAUGCUUGUAAUACAACGGGAAGUCUAUAUGGGAAUUUCUCACAUUUGUAUAAUGAAACCGAAGAUGAUCCACAUAAUAUACAAAAUUAUGAAAAUACCACAGUGUUUUUUAUCUCCAGUUUUCAGUACCUCAUAGUGGCAAUUGCCUUUUCAAAAGGAAAACCUUUCAGGCAACCUUGCUACAAGAAUUAUCUUUUUGUUUUGUCUGUGAUUAUUUUGUAUGUUUUCAUGUUAUUCAUCAUGUUGCAUCCAGUUGCCCCUAUUGACCAGGCUCUUCAGAUUGUGUGUGUACCAUAUCAAUGGCGUAUAACUAUGCUCAUCAUUGUUCUUGUAAAUGCCCUUGUAUCUAUCAUGGUGGAGAACUUCUGCCUUGACAUGGUCCUUUGGAAAGUUGUGUUCAAUCGAGACAGACAAGGAGAGUAUCGCUUCACCACCACACAGCCAGCACAGGAGUCAGUGGAGUACUGGGGGAAAUGCUGCUUGUCCUGUGCCCUGGACUGUAGAAAGAAGAUGCCGAAAGCAAAGUACAUGUAUCUGGCUCAAGAGCUCUUGGUUGACCCAGAAUGGCCACCAAAACCCCAGACGACAACAGAAGCUAAAACUUUAGUUAAAGAAAAUGGAUCAUGUCAAGUCAUCACCAUUACGUAG